GAGCCCGCUGCGCCCGCAGAGUCUGCUGCGCCCGCAGAGUCCGCCGAGCCUGCCGAGCCCGGGGCAUCCGCUGAGCCCGGGGCGUCCGCUGAGCCUGCGAAACCCGCAGAGAUCAGGGAGUCCGUUGUGGACAUCGAGCCCGCGGCACCUGAAGGUGUUGAAGUUCGGGACAGUGAGGACCCCGAAGAUGAUGUCGUUUCCAGCAUCACCUGCGGCGUCUGCUGUUACCACAGCUUACAACUUCGAAUCCAUCGCAGAGGAGGUUGCGUCCGUGCGGCUCUGCAUUGGGAUGGUGUGGCUCUUUUCCCCUUUGGCGGCUCCUUCUUCGCAGCCAUGAAGAGACAGAACGUGCGUACCCUCUCCCUGAUCGCCUGUACCUUCACCUACUUGCUGGUGGGUGCAGCAGUGUUCGAUGCCCUCGAGUCCGACCAUGAGAUGCGCGAGGAGGAGAAACUUAAAGCCGAAGAGGUUCGCAUCAGAGGCAAGUACAACAUCAGCUCUGAUGACUACCAGCAGCUGGAGCUGGUGAUCCUGCAGUCUGAGCCCCAUCGCUCCGGUGUCCAGUGGAAAUUCGCGGGUUCCUUCUACUUUGCCAUCACCGUCAUCACAACUAUAGGCUAUGGGCACGCUGCACCCGGCACAGACGCUGGCAAGGCCUUCUGCAUGUUCUAUGCUGUGUUGGGCAUCCCCCUGACGCUGGUCAUGUUCCAGAGCCUGGGCGAGCGCAUGAACACCUUCGUGCGCUGCCUGCUGAAGCGUUUCAAGAAGUGCUGUGGCAUGCGCAACACUGAUGUUUCUAUGGAAAACAUGGUCACCGUCGGCUUCUUCUCCUGCAUGGGCACCCUGUGCCUUGGGGCAGCUGCCUUCUCCCACUGCGAGGACUGGAGCUUCUUUCACGCCUACUACUACUGCUUCAUUACACUGACUACUAUUGGAUUUGGCGACUUUGUGGCCCUGCAGUCCAAAGGUGCCCUGCAGAGGAAGCCUUUCUACGUGGCCUUCAGCUUCAUGUAUAUCCUGGUGGGGUUGACCGUCAUCGGUGCCUUUCUCAAUCUUGUGGUCCUGCGAUUCCUGACCAUGAACACUGAUGAGGAGCUGCUGGAGGGAGAAGUUGCGCAGAUACUUGCUGGAAACCCAAACAGCGUGAUCAUCCGUAUUCCAAACGGCCGCCAUAGGUUCAAUGCUCAGUCCUUCCUGAAGAGAUACGGCAGGACCCUGUGCUUUCUCUGCUUCCCACGCGGUAUCUGCAUCCAUGAUGAUGAUGAUGAUGAUGUCCUUGAAGAUGUUGCUGUCGUUGCUCCUGCUUCUGCUGCGGGUACCAGGAAUGUCCAGGCUACUGUCCACUCCAUUUCCUGCAGAAUUCAAGAGCUCUCCCCAAACACACUGAAGCACACCUGUUUCCAGACCCCAUUUGGCACCAUCAUUCACGGGAUACACGCCUGCGAAGAGAAUCACAGGCUGGCCCUCCGUCGCAAGUCCAUCUAAGUGUGGGAGGGAAGUAGGCAGAAGAGUCAUUUGUCAUGCAGAUGGGACCUAACUGCAUCUUCAAGAGAGGCGUCCAUGGAUGCUGGGUCUCACUGUGAAGCCCAAGCAGGCUUCGGAUUUCUGACCUCUCCCGGGGACCUCUUCCACGUGGGGCGAGUGUCAGCACCCUUUCCCCUAAAGACCUGUGGGAACGGCCCAGUAUACCUAGACAGAAGGCACAGAGACAUGGUCCUUGUAGGGUCCCUUGCCUGCAAAUCUAUUGGGCCACCUUGGCACCUAGCAGCAACCUCAUGAGUGGCGAUGACCACCAAACUCUCUCCCCAUUCAAUACCAUAGAAGUGUGACUUAUUGUCAUGUCACUGCCCUGGCCAUCAAGGGCUACAUAUGUUACCUCUGUCUUUGAGAUACUUGCUCUGUUAUGUUCUAGAGCACAGUCCUUUCCCUUCCAACCCAUGAGAUGUACCUGCUAUGGCCAUGUGACCUCUUCUUGUCCUCCUGGAGG